AUUAUAAUGAGACAGCUAAAUUGGUAACAGUGGUAACAAAUGCAUAGGUUUUAAAGCAUUUUCGUUCCGAAAAGUUAUAACAAUGACAAAAUGAUAACAUCUGAAACUGCAUUUUAAAUAUGUUUUUCCAGCAGAACAAUUGAGACUUGGCAACAAUGCAAGAAGUGCUUCUAUUUUUUUUUCUUUAAUAUUUUUAAACAAAUUUCACAAAAAAGAGGGUUACGUCAAAGUGAUGGCUGAUACGAUGAGCUUGAGAGAAUGGAUUCUUCAUUUCUGUUCUUUUUUGAGUAAAUCAAUUCGUUUUUACACUAAAAAAUGGUACGCCGAAGCGAAAUUUGCAGUUUGCGAUAACAGCUAGAACGGAAUGAUAAAAGUAGUAAUAAGAAUUAUAUACAUAUAUAGCCGGACAAUUCCGCUUAAAAAUACAAUCGCAGCUCGUUCUAAAGGUGAGAAACCAUUAACGAAAUAAUUCACUUGUGUGUCACCGACUUUGCUUAUUUAUCAAUAUUCAUAUGCCGGUAAUAGUUCAGUAUGGUUUCAAUUCAUCUAGCAAAAACUUAAAAUCAAAAGCUAAUUCGUCUGUUGGUUUCCCACCAACACUUGAGAUUUUGGUCAGAAAUUUUAAAUUCGCAAAAAAUGGAUUCAAAGAAUACAAGUAUGCAAGUGGACCUCCAAAGGUCGUACCAAGAAGAAUCAAACCAACGCAGAGUGAAUUUUUGCGACACUACGCGAGUGGUGUAUUAUCGUGCUGAAGAUGCGUCUCUUGAUCUUCAGCGGCUGACAAUUUUGGCUGAUGGAAGUGUAGACUACGAACGUACUCGUCUUGCACCAAUCCAAAGACUGCGCGAAAGUUUUUUAUCAAUCCGAAGGAGGAUUACAAACCGGCCAGCAUUUAUCAGAAUGUAUCACAGCCUAGAGCGCUGCGUGGGACUGGUAAUGUUGAUAAUUACUCUCAUUAUAAUGGGCGGAGUAUAUACAUUUGUUAUGUACCAAUUCUACGAUCCCCAUCAUGCUUCAAACGCAUGAAAUCGACUAUGCAAAUUUAAGGCGAAAAAAUAUAAACCAAAGAGAGGACGUUUAGAUGAGUACACAUAUACGAUCUUUCAUAAACUGAGUCUCCGUCAAUAUUUUCAAAUGUAAGUCACAAAUUAAAAAAAUAAUGUUACAGAGUGUAAGAAGCUGCUACAUAACGAAUUAACGAGAUCUAUUAGAGAUAAACAGUGUUUUUUGCACACAUAGGAUGACUCCUGUCAAAUAAUGCGGGCUCUACUUCCCCACUCACAAAAGUGUGGCUCGUAUGUUAUUUAUAUAUUAAUAGCAACAGUCAUACAUUACAAGCAAAUUAUAGCUAUAACUCGGUUGAUGUCGUCUUCGUCGAUUGAACUCACUUUUAUUAAUAUUUGCUGCCACUAAAAUGGCGCCUGAAUUAAAUAUCAACUUUUUAAAAUCUGUUAUCUGUUUUUGAUAGACUGUCAUUUUCUUUACCAACUAUAAUCGUCAUAAUUCGCAUUUGACUGUCAAUUAAUAUUCAAUUUUAAUUCGAUUUUUGUGAUUAAAAGAUAAUGGAGAAUGCAUAUUUCUUAAUGGUAACUAUAUAUACAAACAUACAAAAAAAAAUUAAAAAACAUAAGGGACUGAUAAAAUACCCAGACGGAGAAAACGAACUUGUGGAGUGCAACAAAUGACAGUUUAAUACGCUCUUCGAAGAGGACAUUUCUAACCCGUGCUUUUUCGUGGCCACUGAGCUCUGCCUUAAAAAUACGAUGUCGGGGGGUGAAGCAUAAUCCCCUUAAUUCAUAUGCUUCCUGCAUACUUAAAUACAGCUUCGACACCUUCAAUUCGUAAUACUUGCAUUACAAUAUUUAUAACUUUGCAACUCUUAUAUUUAAUUUUGUUAAUAGCGAAUAUCAUUUUAAAACAAAUU